ACUGGUAUAAAUAAAUAGUACAUAAUGCCAAUCGGUUACAUCUCUAAUAAGAGAAAUCGAAAGCAGUCUUAAGCAAAGCCAAAGCCAUGGUCGCUUUUCGAGUCUCUUUGACAAUUGUUGUCAAUUUGUGUAUUCUUCUCUCGAUCCUAGUAUCAAAUUGUUCUUCGUUUCCGUUUUUCUCCAACGAUAUACAGGAUGACGAGAAUGAUACUGAUUCAGAUGCUGUAAUGACUGCGCUCCGCGAUCUUGGUGAUAAACUAUUUGGAGAACCCAAUAAAGACACAGGUGUCGCGGUAUCGCAAUGGGAUCCCGAAAGUGAGCUGAACCCGGAGGAGCUCGGCAAAUAUGCAGAAGGAGACAUUCUUUUCAGGAGAACUAAUGAAGAUCUCACUAGAAAUGGACUGAAAAACGCAUCAGCCAGAUGGCCGAAAGGCGUUGUGCCUUAUGAAAUCAGUCCAUACUUCAGUCAAAAAGACAGAGCAAUGAUCAUGUCAGCAAUAGAUGAAUACCAUAAGCUGACCUGUGUGAAGUUCGUUCCUAGGACAGGGUCCGAGCCAGAUUACGUGAUGAUCACUAACUCCAAUUCAGGAUGCUGGUCGUCUGUAGGCCGUUUGGGUGGCGUUCAAGAACUGAAUCUUCAGUCACCUGGGUGCCUCACCAAGAAAGGAACAGUCAUGCAUGAAAUGAUGCACGCCAUUGGAUUUUUACAUGAACAAAAUCGUUGGGAAAGAGAUCAACACGUCUCAAUCAACUGGCAGAAUAUUGAAUCAGGUCGUGAGAACAACUUUGAAAAGGCAAAAAAACAACAGACUGACGCCCAAGGUGUUGGAUAUGACUACAGGAGUGUCAUGCACUAUUCGUCGAACGCAUUCUCAAAGAACAGUCAACCAACUAUAGUUUCAAAGGUGCAUGGAGUUAAACUAGGACAACGUGAUGGUCUCAGUAGGAAAGAUGUACAGAAAAUCAGACACAUGUACAAGUGCAGUAAACGAAGAUCUGUUAACUAAACUCCAAUCAUAAUUACUUUUUACAUUGAAAUGAAAAUAAAACCAAAAACAAGUUUGUAACAAGAUAACUUUUUUAGGAAUUUUAUAGAAGAGCUACAAAAACAA